UACCGGUACCGUACAUUUUGUGCCACCGGUACCUUCCCACACAGUUGCUUUUCCAUCGUCAGUGAUCAAGGAAAGCAGCAACAACCACAAACAGACUGGUCUCUUCCAGUCCAAGCCCAAAAGCUGUGCUUGAUUGCAUCUUGGCUUCCUUUUUUCAAUCGACCUUCCCUUCCCUCUAUUGGCACCACUCUCUGCUUGCUACCCCUCAUCCAUUCCAGUAUGCCGUGGCUGUCCGUGUUUCGUUCUGGCGAUCAAAAUACAUCGUACUCCUACGAUAGUUCCAAAUUAAACAACAGUCGAAUGUCCACGCGAGUCAAUGACGAUGAGGACGGUAAUAAUGAUUUCCAGGAUGAAGCUAAUAAUGAUAAUGACAAUCCACAUCAAGGUCUGACAGAGCGAGAUGCAUCUCGCGAAGAACGAGAAAAGGAAGAGACCUUUAAUUUGGAAGAAGAUCUCUUUAGUCUCAUGUAUCUGUGUCGACCGUGUUCCUUGACCUUUGCGGUCAGCAUUUUUGUCUUUUGCCUGCAACUCAUGAUUCUGGCAUUGGCAUUGACCGAUCUGGCAUCCGAUGCUCCCGUCUUUGAUGAAAUGGUGCCUUUCCCCAUUGAUCCUCCCAUUGAAAUCCCGCCACAAGUCUUGGCGGCGCAGAUUGUAUCGCUCAUGGUGGCCACACUCAAAGAAGAAGAUAUUUUUGUAUCGCUCAAGGCGUUAAUGGUCGUGGGACACGACGAACAAAUCACACAGCGAUUCCCCGGUGCCGUGGUGCAAAAAUGGUGGCUUUCCAAUAUACUGCGACUCAUUGAAGGACUCUUUGUCGUCAUGGUCAGUUUCUACUUUAUUGUCCAGUCCGACAGUGUACUCUCCAUUUUUGAAAACUUUGCCGCCAUGGAGUUCAUUUCGUAUCUGGACAAUAUGGUAUUCAAACUGGCCCGAUGGGGAUACCUCGGAAAGGGCCUGCACCGAAUGACCAUCAAGGUCGAAUCCGUCAGCAUGCGCCUUCGAAGAGAUACCAAACGAUGGUGGAUAGCCUUGAUCACUAUCUUCUUGUGUCUCACGUUUGUACCCAUGCUCAGUUUUUGGGCCAAUCUACGCAUCGGGCAAGCCAAUGGAUUCUAUCUCGAACAAAAACUGUCGCCCACAUUGGCCGUGUGGUUUCAAGAUGAAACAUUGAUUCUACCCGACUCGACCGAGUUUCAAUUUGAGGGAAGUCAACGCGGCAUGACAUCACAACAAGGUAUUUUGUUGAACUAUGCCUACUUUAGUGGCAGCUAUGAUGUGUCCUACAAAGACAAUGGCCUGUUGGACAGACACGAGAGGCGACCAAUCUACUACGAAGCAACCUCCGCCGCUGCAACUGCGACACAAUGCCAAACCGAUCCUACGUGUGGAAUGUUUUAUUAUUGCUCUGAAUUGGAAGCUUGGGUAUUCACCAUUCGAGCUCUGGGCACGGCCCGAAAACAGUUGGAUCAGUGUGAGUGGGGAUGGUUGGCCAUUUCCCAACAAACUAAAGAGUUCGAUUUGGAACGUGUGCCCGCUGCGGGAUGGAAAAUCUACACUGGUGAUAUCAGUGAAACAGCGGUUGUCAUUACCAGAGAUAAUUGUGACAUUGAUGCCGAAUGCAGCUUGAAUGGUGCCUGCGUCGAUGGAAGAUGUUCUUGUAACGAAGGUUGGCAGGGCACUCGAUGUGAAGUGAAAACGACAAUUUGCCCCGCGAUGCAGUGGAUCAACUAUGGAGCGUCUUCCUACGAGUACGAAACCAUGGGCCCGUUAUAUUUGGCAGAAGAGAAUGGAUCUCCUCUGACAGCCUACGGCCGACCAAUCUACUAUCGCCACUUUGAAACGGACGAAGGAACCUGCCCCACGGGUCAUCGAUAUGAAACGUAUGUGUACAUCGGCCGCAAGUGGGUGUUUACAUACUGGUGCGAAGAGCCGUACACCCUCAACUUACAGGCUCAGAAUCAUGCAUUCUGGGACAACCUUGUGGGUCUGGAGCAGCGCUGGUCCAGUGCCAUGACUGAGAGCUACACUGGUACAGGGCUGCAAAUGUAUGAAGUUCGCGAAUCAUUUUCCGAUGGAAUUUCGGGCUCCGACCUCUCUUUUCCGACGGAAGGCACCUUGGAAUGCGUCGACGUCCCCUGCGAGGACAAGUCCUCGGCAGUGUGCGGGAGAAAGGGUAGCUGUGUAGAGUUCCAGUUUCAGAAUCAAAAUGGCACCACCAGCACCUACCACAAGUGUGAAUGCACGGCUGAUUAUGGAGGCAUCUACUGCCAAUUCAGCCCUCGAGGGUACUACGUGGCUGAUCAUUAUGCGGAGUAUCGAAACAAUGCAGAUUUGGCACCAACGCAGUAUCAAUCCAGUUUUUGGGGUACGGCUUCUUCGGCGGCAACGGCUCCUUCUGUCCAAAAAGCUGGAAAUGAAUCGCUGCCUGUGGGCGGGAACAUCUUCAACAGAUCCUCCGAGGUUGGAGGAGAACUAUAGAGCUAUCUCGGUUCUGAAAGUGAUGGAUGCUUGCAAUUGAAGAUUGGCAGCCGAUCUGUACAAACAGCCAUCGCACAUGGCAUGCAGCUAUCGACUACAGACGUAUCGAUACCUCUAGCCAAGCAGGAUAGAAUAUGCUUGGAGAUCUGUUACGCACAUGACGGCAUCGACGCGGCUAGAUUGGAGCAUUGACAAGAAUAUCCCGUCACGAGGAUUUUUAUCGUAUCAGCGCAAUCAUACAUGGCAACGUGACAACCUAACACGCACGGUGAUACAGUUGAACUAAUAGCUAGCUGGGACAUCUUCCUCCCAAUUCCUCUUUCACCUACAGACCCCCUCAAGCAUAGUAGGCAGGAGGAUAUUCAAAUUCUGUGGG